UGAUCGGUCUGCCUCCAUCCCACGCGUGCCCCACCACUCCUGGCUGUUGAGUUUUGACGAUAGCUGGUUUGGUGUGAGUCCCGGCUACUGUUUCCUCGGAACCCGAAGACCGGAACUCGCUUGCUUUUUCGAAAAUAGUUUUUUUGUCGGAGGAAAAAAACCCAGCCUGGCGCCAGGGGUGUGCCCGGAGCAGAGUGGCAGCCGGACACACGCCCUCUUGUCGCCGCCUCAGCCCGCUGAGGGUGGACUGGGCUGGGCCGAGUGGCGGGAGCCGGCUGACGCAGAGCCGGGCGGCCAGAGGAUGCUCCCGAGGGGCCUCUGGCUGGGCCGGCCGUCGCUGCUGCGGGAGACCGCAAUCCGCCCGCCCGCGAGUCGGAGGCCAUGGCAGCCCACGCCCCAGGUGUGGCUAGAGGCUUGUCUCCAGGUUGACUCCAGAUCCUGUCAGCACCGGCCAUUAGUGAAGGCAAAUGAAAUGUUGAAGGUUCAUAUGGAGGCAUUGUGUAUGAAGCUGUGUGGAAUUCCAAAAUACUACCAAGCACACUUUCAUGGGACAGUGAGGCCACCUGAUGAAAUAACAGUUAGUUGUAGACAUGGCCGUCCCUUGAUAACACUUACUCUGCCAUCCAGGAACGAGCGCUGUCAGUUUGCUGUCGAGCCAAUGUUGUCAACAGUAGGCUCGUUCCUCCAGGACUUGCAAAAUGAAGACAAAGGCAUCAAAACUGCAGUCAUCGUCACAGCAGAUGGCAGUGAGAUUCCAGCUUCAACCUUGAUGGAUGCUUUGCUAAGGGAAGAUUUUAAAAUCAUCAUUAACAAACUAGCAUAUGAUAUACAGUGUCCCAAAAAAGAAGAACCAAGUAAAGAGCACACGACUGAGAUGGAGAGUGUGAGAUCCUUGGUUCACAGACUCUUCACAGUCUUGCAUGUGGAAGACUUUCAGAAAAGAAGAGAGCACCAUUUGAUAGCAAAGAUCGAUCACCUGAAGGAGCAGCUGCAGCCCCUGGAGCAGGUCAAAGCUGGAAUUGAAGCUCGGUCAGAAGCCAGAACCGGCAGGCUCCUCUGGGCUGGCUUGGCCCUGCUCUCAGUUCAGGGUGGAGCACUGGGCUGGCUAACCUGGUGGGUGUACUCCUGGGACAUCAUGGAACCAGUUACCUACUUCCUUACAUUUACAAAUUCCAUGGUCUUUUUUGCAUACUUCUUAAUUACUCAACAGAAUUAUACUUACUCAUCUGUUAGAAGUAGGCAAUUCCUCCAUUUCUUCCACAAGAAAUUGAAGCAGCAGCAUUUUGAUGUGGAACAAUACAACAAGUUAAAAGAAGACCUUGCUAAGGCUAAAGAAUCCCUGAAAAACGUGCGCCAUUCCCUAAAUUUGAGAAUGCAAGUUGAGGGACUCAGUGAGAAGAAGUGAUCUUCUGUUUUUAAAUAUCACUGGCUUAUGUGCCAAUUUUGUAACUUCCAAACUGGACAUUUUUAGGUCUUGUUCAUUUCUAUUUGACUGUUUCAGUCUUUGUUUAUUAAUAAAAUAUAUGUGAAACAGCA